CUCACUGACGUUUAGUUUAUGAUUUACUAUAGUCUUGUUGUAAAUUGUAAAUCAAAAACCAGUGAUUUCGUGAUUUCUAGCGUUUCUAACGUUUUUCCAGGUGUUAAAACAGCAACUAGACAUGCAAUAACAUUGUUUUGACCUAUAUUACUUGUGAUUUGGACAUUGGAUUGUGAGUAAUCAUGGCGAAUAAUCGUAUCCCCUCUGGCCCUAAUACGCCUGGUAGCCAACAGACUCCUACCCAACAAGGAAUAAAGAUAUUUAUCCAAAGAGACUAUUCUGAAGGCACGGCAGUUAAAUUCCAGACUAGAUUUCCUCCGGAACUAGAAGAUCGAAUUGAACGACAAACCUUCGAGUAUACUAUGGAAAGAUUGAAUGAGCAUUUUGAGAUGGCGGAGACAGCGGACUGCAGUACAUAUUGCGAAGGCUGUUUGGCGUGUCUCACGGCGUACUUCAUCUACAUUUGUACUGAAACACAUUAUGAAAAGCACCUCCGGAAAGUGUCAAAAUUCAUAGCGACCCAAAACGAGCGGGUGUACAACCCCAAAGGCAUCCACAUCACCGACCCCAUCCUCCGGGGGCUCCGGGUCAUCGAGAUCACUAUUAUCGACAUGCCCAACUAUCAGAGUCCCACAGGGAACUCCAAUCAGAUCCGACACACUUGACCACCACAGGAGAAUCGGGAGUUCUUCAUGUAACAGUUACGGUACUGGUUUUAAACACGUUUAUGCCAGUAAACAAUGUGAUUUUUGGAAAUUUUAACUAAAUAAGGUAAUGGCUUUUGGAAAGUUGAAAUAAGGUUUUGGUUGCGCUACGCAAAAAAUGUGGCAAGAUAGAAGUCAUUGUAAUUUUAAAUAAAAGCGGGUUUAGUCCUUUUCCAGGCAUAGUACGAUUUAUCGACCACAUACGCGCCACUAGAAUUUCAACUUUAGCGUUCCGAUUUAAGGUCCAAAUUAGAUUUUUUGGGAAUCAUCAAAGGGGCUAUUCAUAAAUUACGUCAUUUCAAAUUAGGGGAGGGGGGGUCUGGACAUCGGAUGACGGUAGCAUGAAGUAGGACUAGGAAAUGGAGUCAUUUGAAGCAUGAUUUUUUGAUGAUUAUAGGGGAGGGGGGGUCAAAAAUCGUCAAAAAUCGAUGACGUAAUUUAUGGACAGCCCCAAAGCUGGAUUAAUUGGAAUAUAUUAGGAUAUUUCGGGAAAACCUUGUAGACUGGCGGCCAGGAAAAGGCAAUGUAUUGGCCUGUGCCAAUUCUUGGCUUGCCAAAGAUUCUUUAGGAUGCGACUGCAAACCCUAAGAUGAAGAGAGUUUAUAUAAGAUAUAGGUAUUCAAGUAAGCUUUGUGGCAAUCAUAAAAUUUAUGGUGUUGAGCAUUUAUUUUUAUUUUUACACGCGACUUCGUAUUAAAGUGAAGAACUAUGACGACCUUAGAGAAUAUAACCAACGGAGUGGUCAUUAACAGGCGUUCCCCUCUGUCGAAAAAAGGCGGCCAAUGGUCAACCACAUGUCAAACACAUGUAUGGACUGACAUGGCUAUGGUGACGUUAUUACGUAUACAUUUGAUGUGCCCCUCCCCCGCAAAAAACGGCAGACUAUUUUGUACCGAAAAUUAUAGACAUGGCGUCUCCGUUGGUUAUAUCCUCGAUGACGACCGGUCUGGCCUAGGUAGUGACCCUGCCUGUGACGGUCCUGGAUUCGAAUCCCAGCAAGGGCAUUUAUUUGUGUAAUGAACACAAACCUUUGUUCCUGAGUCAUGUUUUCUAUGUAUAUAAGUAUGUAUGUAUAUCGUCGCCUAGCACCCAUUGUAAGCACACCCAUUUUAAAUUCAAUCUUGACGUGUAAAAGUGCCCUGGUGGCCUAUUUGCUGAAUCAAUGUUGAAGGUUUGAAAUACAAUCAAAAAUUUUGAGUUAAUAUUCUAAUUGGAUUAACCGGAACUCUAUUUUCAACUACCCAUUUAUUUGCGCAGCGUAGCCAACUUUUUUAUCUCAUAUAAUCAUUGAUGAGCUUAAGACAUCCGAAGUAGUACUCGUUAACGUAGUUCCCCAGAGAAAGGGUAAAACCGAAUACAUUGUAAGCUAUCCUCGGCUAUAGAGAAAAAAAUACAUUAGAGUGCUCACUCCAUACAUCAGUGUUAGUACCAGAACGACUAUUAUUUUCGCAGUCGACAUCUAGCAUCGAGUAGCGGAAUUAUUAGUACCUACUGCUACUUGACAAUAGAUGUUCCGACGACCGAAAAGUCUAAUGUUCAAAAAUUUUGAGUUAAUAUUCUAAUUGGAUUAACCGGAACUCUAUUUUCAACUCCUUCUGAAAGCAGAAGCUAAUAUUAAAAGUAAUAUUAGUUGUAAAUUGUUGUUCAAUACAAUUUUUAGGGUUCCGUACCCAAAGGGAAAAACGGGACCCUAUUACUAAGACUUCGCUGUCCGUCCGUCCGUCUGUCACCAGGCUGUAUCUCACGGACCGUGAUAGCUAGACAGUUGAAAUUUUCACAGAUGAUGUAUUUCUGUUGCCGCUAUAACAACAAAUACUAAAAACAGAAUAAAAUAAAGAUUUGAAUGGGGCUCCCAUACAACAAACGUGAUUUUUGACCAAAGUUAAGCAACGUCGGGAGUGGUCAGUACUUGGAUGGGUGACCGUUUUCUUUUUUGCUUUUUUUGUUUUUUUUUUGCAUUAUGGUACGGAACCCUUCGUGCGCGAGUCCGACUCGCACUUGCCCGGCUUUUUAUGAGUCGCGACACUAGAGAUUUCUAGUAUCAAGUAGCGGUACUGAUAAUUCCGCUACUCGAUGCUAGAUGUCGACUGCGAAAAUAAUAGUCGUUUUGUUAUUAAAACUGAUGUAUGGAGAGAGCACUCUAUUGUUACUAUAUUUCUAAACAUUUACUCCUUCAAGAGAACGGGUUAAAAAUAGCCAAGUUUGAGUGAUGGUUAAUUUGAUGUGUAUAAAGUUACAUCCAACGCCAAAACGAUCUUCCCUUACGUUUAAUUUUUAAUGUUAAUUCAAUAUUAACCUCCUAAGACAGGCCCUCUUGCACCAUCCCACUAACCCGGGGUUAAGCUGUUAAACCGUUAACCCAGUGUCAAAUUGUACUGGUAACAAUGGUAACUCCAGGUUUAACCGGUUAACCCCGGGUUAGUGGUACGGUGCAAGUGGGCCUAAAUGUACUGUACAUUUCCUACAAUGUACAUAACCGUGCAAUCUAAUUUGAACAUUUCAUGAAGCGAUUAAAGUAGCAUUUCUUUCGUUUCUUCGCUUUUUAAAACAAACGAAGUUCGUUCCAAUUUACUUAUAGAAUAAGGUUCAAAUUAAUAAUAUGACAACUUUAAGUAUAUGGUGGGUCUUAGGAGGUUAAUUAUACAAAACCCAGGUAUGCUUUAUUCAUAAGG